GUUAAUUGUUAAUGAUAUAAUGAAAUCAGGAUUAAAGAAUUGCAUGUUCUCUUUAAAUGCGUUUUCUUCGUCAUUCGAUAUAACACUCUCAGCAUUUACGAAGUCAUACCUGAGACUUUUACAGACUAUCUUCUACCUUCAAUUUACAUCUAAUUCUCCAGACUCAAAAUUGAAUUCUGAGCCGGAAUAUGGACGAAGGUAUUACGACCUCAAGCACAUUCAAAUCACGAUGGGAAGAUUUUUACACUGGCUAUUCCAUGCAUGGGGUACAUUUUAUAUUUGAAUCAAAAGGUAUCAGAAGAAUUCUUUGGCUGCUGUUGCUGUGCGGAUCUUUUACAUUGUCUAUUUUCCUUUUUGAGGGAACCAUAACAGAUUUUCUUGAAUACAAAACCGUUGCAAUACGUGAAGAAAUAUUUGGGGUUGAGCUGGUUGAGUUUCCGACUGUUACAAUCUGCAACCUAAACUCAGUGUCAAAACAAAAAAUACACGAAUUGGGUUUAAGUGAUACUGAUAUUGCUGAAUUGUACAAAAGCUUCAGGAACAAAACAAUGAAUCCCAACGACACAAAGACCAUGACAAUCAUGCAACAGUUAUACAGUCGAGGUAUCAAAACUCCGUUGAAUUUUGCUAAACAUCUUGAGUUGGAAAUCCCAGAUAUGAUGGAUGACCCUGUUGUUAUUGCUCUAAGCAGGGAGCCGUGUUCUUUUCGGAAUACAAAAUGCACAGACGUAAAUUUCACAACGGUUUUUUCUGAUAAAUAUGGUAUUUGUCAACAGUUUAAUUCGUAUUAUCAGUUGGAGAAUAGGUUGCAUGUAAAUGAAGCGGGAGAAGGAUUUGGUUUACAUUUGUAUUUGAAUAUCCACGAAGACGAUUUGCUUACUAGCAGAGUUCCAUAUCAAGGCUUAGCAGUGUUCGUACAUCCCUUUGGAACUCCAUUCAAUUCACAACGUUCAACUUUGGUGCCAGUUCAACCAGGGACAAUGAGCUUUAUCCAUGUUAAAAUGAGCAACCUGCAACUUUUAAAGUCCCCGUACAAAAGUGAAUGCGUAGAUGAACAACUAUACUCUAUUGUGAACAGUACGAUUUAUUCGAAACCAAUGUGCGAAGCUGAUUGCAUCAUGAAGAAAGUGAAAGAAAAAUGUGGUUGUCUUCCUUUGCAUUUUAUACACUUACCAGGUGCAAGACCUGUUUGCCAGUUUAAAGACUUGAGUUGCGAGUUGGAUUUUGUAGGCAAAUACGAGCGUCUGAAAAUGGACUGUCACAAGGAGUGUCCAGUCGAGUGCAAAUAUACAAAAUAUGAAGUUUCGUCUGAUCAAACCACACUUGGUACCAGAAUAACCACAUCCGACAUUAUGAGCAUACCAGGGUGGAACCUGUCUAGAAUGGAUACGAUAGAAUAUGUUAGGAAAAACCUUGUGGGAAUGGAUGUUUCAUUUAGUGAUAUCUCGUAUGCAAAAGAAACAAUAUCGCCCACAGUCACAUGGACAUCUUUGCUAGGAAGUAUUGGUGGAAAUAUUGGAUUAUGUCUUGGAGCAAGUCUGAUAACAUUCGUAGAAUUCUUUGUAUUCUGCUUUGAUAUGCUUGUUAAAUGGAUGAAAAUAAGAUGCUGUGUUGGUAAUCAGGCAAAAGAAUCGAAAAAAUCAGAUCCAAAAAUAUGAUGUAAACUUUCAAUUACUUGAAAAGAACUCCCUUUCAUGUACAGAUAAGUGGAGUGUAGAAACAAGACCGACGGUUACUUUUUGAUUUUUAAACGCUUUGAAAGGACAAUGUAGUCAUCUUAAUGUCCUUUUUAAUCGACGUAUAAUUUCAUUUAUAAUUUUACUAUAUUUGGUAUUUUUUCAUAACAAUAUUAUUUAGUUUUGAUAACUUUUUUUCAUAUAAUGUAAGAUUUGACUGAAAACUUUGUAAUAAGAUGAAACUUUUCAAGUUUGUUCCUUA